AUGGUCAACUCUUGUGGCUCUGUCUGCUCUGAGGAGGGCUGUGGCCAAGGCUGCUGCCAGCCCAGCUGCUGCCAGACCACCUGCUGCAGGACCACCUGCUGCCGCCCCAGCUGCUGUGUGUCCAGCUGCUGCAGACCCAGCUGCUGCAGGCCCAGCUGCUGCCAGUCUGUGUGCUGCCAGCCCACCUGCUGUCGCCCCAGCUGCUGCAUUUCUAGCUGCUGCAGGCCUUCCUGCUCUCGCCCUAGUUGCUGUGUGUCCAGCUGUUGCAGACCCCAGUGCUGCAUCUCCAGCUGCUGCCGCCCCUGCUGUGGCAGUUCUAGCUGUUGUGGAUCCAGCUGCUGCCGCCCCACCUGUUGCAUUUCCAGCUGUUGCAGGCCUUCCUGCUGCCGCCCCACCUGUUGCAUCUCUAGCUGCUGCAGGCCUUCCUGCUGUCGCCCUAGUUGCUGUGUGUCCAGCUGCUGCAGACCCCAGUGCUGCAUCUCCAGCUGCUGCCGCCCCACCUGCUGCCAGACCACCUGCUGCCGCCCAGCCUGUUGCCUCCCUUGCUGCUGCCAACCCUGCUGUUGUGGAUCCAACUUCUGCCAGUCUAGCUGCUGUGACUUCCUGUUGCCUAUAAGAUGUAGGACUCUCAGCUAUAGCUCCAGCACCAUCUGCCUGCACAGCACCAUGAAAUUCCAACCUGUAAAACCAAGGUCAACUCCUGUUGAGGCUUCCUGCUGUGACCAAGGCUGCUGCCAGCCCAUCUGCUGCUGGACCACCAGCUACCAGGCCACCUGCUACAGGACCACCUGCUACAGGACCACCUGCUUCCAGACCACCUGUUGCCAGCCCUGCUGCCAGACCACCUGCUGCCAGACCACCUACUGCCAGACCACCUACUGCCAGACCAUCUGCUGCCCACCAGCAUGAGCUAGUUCUAGUGGUUCCUGCUGCUGAGCACUCUCACCCACAAUCUCCUGUUCUUCUUCAACCUGUAUUCAACUGUGAGACGAAUCCUGUGAGGCCUACCCUAAAGCCCCUGAUACAACUGGGAUUAAUUAGGACACCAAUAAUGCUGCCUAUACUCAUGCCUGAUACUACCUCUAAAACGUUUAACUCUUCUCUGGAAUCUUUGCAAUCUCACUUCAUCCCAUGGAACAAUUUGUUCUU